AAUGGUUGUUUUUGAAAAAUGCCUCAUGUCAACAUGCUUAGCUCCGAGAGAUCCAAUUUGAGAGAACCUCGCAACGGGUCCGGUUCGCCUGAGUUUCGGGUCGGCCAACGAGUGCACUACUCUGGUGACUCCCACCGGACCGGCAGCGUGAAAUAUAUCGGGCCAGUGAAAGGUUACACGGGAACGUGGAUCGGGGUUGAUUGGGACGACGGGAACGGCAAACACGAUGGCUGCCAUAACGGGCUGCGAUACUUCGAAGCUUCCAGCAGUACAUCGGCAUCGUUUGUACGCCCGAACAAUCUCAGUGCCGGCAUUUCACUCUUGCACGCCGUCGAGCUCCGGUACGGCACGGCUUCUAGUAAAGAAGAUGAAGACGAGAUGUAUGUUUUCUCUGCAAGCAACAAGCGAGUAACGGUCCAGCUUCUCGGUAAAGAAGAAAUUCAGAAUAAACUGAGUCAUUUUGAGGAAUUGAAAAGCGCAUCAUUGUCAUAUCUAGGAGUUGGCUAUGCUGGAGAUCCACACCACAUUACUACAACUAUACCUAAUGUGAAGGAGCUUGUUUUGACUGGGAACCUGCUCUCUGAGUGGGAGGAUGUUGGUGUAAUCUGCACAACAUUACAUGCUCUUGAAGUUCUGAACCUAUCGCGCAACAUUAUGUCACAUGAUAUAUGUGGAAUGCCCAUGCUAAAUGCUAUACGAGUUUUAGUUUUGAACCAUACUGGAAUCGGCUGGAAGCAUGUUGAGAUUCUUAAAGAUUCCCUUCCUAUGAUAGAAGAGUUACAUUUGGUUGGGAAUAAAUUGAAAGAAAUAACGGUACUCUCUGCUCCAUCAUCUUCAGCUUUUGUUCAGGGGUUCAAGUUUCUUCAUCUCCUUAAUCUGGAUUGUAACUGUAUAGAUUCGUGGGGUGAAAUUUUGAAGCUUUCACAACUUGAAAGUUUGGAGCAGCUUUUUUUGAAUCACAAUAAUAUAAGCUGCAUCUGGUACCCUGAUAAUGUCACUAUGUAUGAAACCCUGAAUGUUGAUGAAUGUAACACCAAAAGCUCUAGGCCUUUCAAGAAUCUGCAUUCCCUUCUUCUUGGUAACAACAACAUUAAAGACUUGGAAUCCGUUGAUUCACUGAAUAGUUUCCCGGAUUUGUUGGACGUCAGACUUUCAGAGAAUCCAGUAGCAGAUCCAGAAAAGUGUGGCAUGCCCCGAUAUGUUUUGGUUGCACGUCUAGCAGGUGUAAAAAUAUUAAAUGGAAGCGAGGUUAGUAUUCGGGAACGGAAAGAAUCAGAGAUUCGGUAUGUCCGAUUGGUCAUGUCUAAGAGUAGGGAAUUUCCACAAAAAAUUGAGCGACUUCACCCAAGAUUUGCUGAGCUUAAAAGAUACCAUGGAAUAGAGGAUGAAAAACUGCAGAGUGGAUCAACCGGGCCCCAGAAAAUGGCAGCAGGACUUAUUUCAAUUACCAUGAAGUGUGUUGGAGCAUCAAUCUGUGAAAAGCCCCCACUCACCAAGAAGUUGCCCGCAACAACCACGAUUGGGAAGCUGAAGAACCUAUGUGAGAGUUUCUUCAACCUAAGAUCUAUAAAGCCCAAAUUAUAUCUUCAUGAAGUGGGGGCACCAUUGCCAACAUUGCUAGAUGAUGACACGGCAAAUUUGAAUGAUGCUGGAUUUGGGAAUGAGUCAGUCGUUCUUGUAGAUGAAGAGUAAUGGUGAUGAUCAUGAUCUCAGAACUAGAAAGAAUCAGAACAUCUCAGACUGGUUUCAUAGAGCUUUCUACUCAAAAUUCUGGUGUAUUUAUGUCUGUGCGUAUGAAACUAAACUUGAAAGCAUAAAAAAGUUAAGGACUAAAACAACAUCCCACAUUCCCAGCCAAUCAAGAUCAAGCCGAGGGCAAAAUUCUUGGCCCCUCAUCCUGCAAAUUAGCAAAAAAAUAAAAUGAGGUAAUGAAUACGGAGUAGUAUAGAAGAGAAUAUUUAAAGCAAAAAAGAGGAGAUGAAAAAAAUAAGAAUUGUUGUAUACUUUUAAAUGGAAAACUUAUUAAAAACAAAGUGGUGCAAAUAUGAAUAGAGAAUAAAAAAGAAAGUGACGCAAAUAUACAAAUACAGAUGGCCGGAGCAUUUCCUCUACUCCAAUAUUUUGCGAUUUUUUAUUUGAUGCUUCUAAAGGUGUUUUUAUCUCUCA